AUGGCCGAGACGGUCAUCAAACAACUUCAGCAAAUUGCUCGCGACGGUCGAACGGUGCUGGCUACGAUCCAUCAGCCGUCGUCCGAGGUGUUCGCCAUCUUUGACCAGCUGUAUCUGCUGUCUGACGGCUCCCCAGUGUACCAAGGUAAAGCAAGCGAGUCGGUGGACUACUUUUCGUCGCUGGGCUACCCCUGCCCACCGCAGAUCAACCCAUCGGACUACUUCAUGCGUCAGCUCGUGGUCAUCGAUAAAGCCACCGACGAGGCCGGUGUGGCUCGUGUGGAGUCACUCAAGGAAGAGUGGAGAAAACACCAGAAACUACCGCGAGCCGACUCCGUGUCCAUGCUCCAAGGUGAGCAGCAAUUGGAAAACACGCGCGUGAGCCUACUCACCCAAGUCAGCAAUCUCUUCCUGGCGGUCAUCGUCGGUUUGAUCUACUUGCAGCUCGAUCUAGACCAGAAGGGAAUCCAGAACUUCUCUGGCGCUUUCUUCUUCCUCGUGACGAACCAAAUUGUCGUGACGGCGAACCCCGUCUUUGUGUCGGUGCUCAUGGAGUUGGCGCUCAUCUCACGUGACGAGUUACCGAUGCAGAUUAUCCUACCGAUUGUCUUCUUCGUGCCCAUCUACUUCCUCAUGGGCAUCGGUCAUGGCUUCGACGUGUACAUCUACAUGCAGAUCGUCAUGAUUCUCGUCAACAGCUGUGCGAUCGGUCUCGCCUACAUGGUGUCGUGUCUGGUCCCACGAGUUGACAUUGCGCCUUUGAUCGGUAUAAUGCUCAUCAUGCCCUUCAUGCUCUUCGGUGGGCUGCUCAUCAACUCGGACGAUUGCCCCGAUUACUUUAUCUGGAUUCAGUACGUUUCCCCAGUUAAGUACGGCUACGAGGCGAUCAUGAAGAUCUUCUGGAACGCCGUCUCAUCCAUCGCAUGUGACACGACAAACUGCACUGCUCGCACGGGCGCGGAGGUGCUGGCAAGCUACAGCAUGACUUCUCGAUCGGCGCUUGGAGACGCACUGCUACUCGUUUUGUUGAACGUUGCGUUCCGCGCCAUUGCGUUCAUUUCCAUCUCGUACCAGCUUCGCCAGAAAAGUAAGUUGUGGCUUAAAGGGAAACACUCGAAAUAA